CGGUUUGACACUUCGCUAACAGCGACGGUGGGCACUGGGAUUCAGUAAUUUGCACUUGCGAAGCCCGACGACAACACUCGACGGGAAGAAUUGUACCCGGGUACUUAAUCAAUGGACCUGCUCAGGGAACAAGCAGUUCGACAGUGAGCUGGCCCGGCCGUUCCAGAAUGUCCGUGAACUUCGUUACCUUCAAUCAGGACUACAGCCACUUGGCUGUAGGCACCUCGAGAGGAUUCCGAAUCUUCACAACCGAUCCCUUUGCGAAAUGCUUCGAGUCCAGAGAUGCCGGCAACAUCGCUAUACUCGAAAUGCUAUUCUCGACUUCCUUAGUGGCCCUCAUACUCUCACCGAGGAGACUCCAAAUCAAGAACACGAAAGUAGGACAAGUACACCAGGGUUUCCCGAGGCUUUGCUGACCAGAGCAGAGAGAUUCCAUAAUAUGCGAGCUCACCUUCCCCACCACGGUUCUGGCGGUGCGGCUGAAUAGAAAGAGAUUGGUGAUCGUCCUAGAAGACCAGAUAUAUCUGUAUGACAUACAGACGAUGAAGCUGUUAUACACCAUUGAGACGUCUCCGAACCCCACAGCGAUUUGUGGCUUGUCUCCUUCCUCAGACAAUUGCUACAUAGCUUAUCCCUUGCCACAGAAAGCUUCUGCAUCCUCAUUCACUCCUCCUUCUCAUGCGCCGCCCAACAGCACGCAUGUCCCUCCGACCUCGGGCGAAGUUCUUCUGUUCGAUGCUAUCAAACUGGAGGCUGUCAAUGUGGUGGAGGCACACCGGUCACCUCUGUCUUGUGUAACGUUCAACAACGAGGGAACUAUCCUGGCGACCUCUUCUGACAAAGGAACGAUCAUUCGCGUAUUUUCUGUCCCUGACGCGCGCAAACUAUACCAGUUCAGAAGAGGGUCGAUGCCUGCUAGGAUAUACAGUAUGGCGUUUAACAUCACGUCCACUCUUCUGUGCGUGUCAUCGGCCACAGAGACUGUUCAUAUCUUCAAGUUAGGUCCUGCGCAAAGUCGUUCGCCCGAUCAAGACGAAGUUCCUACUUCGCCCACCAAAGUCAGUUCGGCCUUCACCAGACGAUUGAGCCAAGGAAGUGACACCCUGUACGACCAGAAUGAGGCUGAUGAAGACGGGCCCGAAUCUCCUACAACAAUAUCAGGCCGCAAACCGAACGGUACACUAAUGGGUCUACUACGGAGAACUUCUCAGCAUGUAGGGACCAACCUUGCCUCAACAGUAGGCGGAUAUCUUCCCAAAGGUAUGGCAGAAAUGUGGGAACCUUCGCGAGACUUUGCUUGGAUUCGGCUCCCAAAGAGCAAUUCGGGGACUUCCCCAAGUCAGCUACGAAGCGUGGUUGCCAUGAGUCCGAAUUCUCCCCAUGUUAUGGUGGUGACGAACGAGGGCAACUUUUACGUUUUCAGCAUUGAUUUAGCGAAGGGUGGAGAGGGCACUCUGGUCAAACAGUACUCGGUGCUUGAUAUCAACGACAAGAUGGGUGGGUCAGCGAUGGACUUUUGACCAGGCAUAAUCUCGACAGAGGAGUCCCUCCUGGAAGGCUGAAUGACUUAGCGUUGGCGUUAUGGAAUGCUGUUGGUCUGUUUAAAAGAUCCAUCUAUACUCAUGGAGCAGAGAGAAAUGGUUUUGAUUCAGCAUGAUUUUGAUGAUGACACUAUUGAAAGACAUCCAGAAUUCCAAUUCAUUGCUCUGUGUUGUACUUGGAACUCGGUACCGAGGACCUAUGUACUGUACUUCGU